AUGGUGUACACUGCAAUGUUGUUACUAAAAUAUUUACCAAUAUCUUUGGUUGAUACUGUAAUUGCAAAGUACACAAAAUUUAAGUUCGGAAAUUUAGCAGAAUUAGGAAUACCCCAACCAGAAGAAGGCCCAUUUUCCUUUAAAAUAUCAAAAGGUAGAUCCCCAGUAAUUGAUGUUGGUGCUAUUGACAAGAUUAAACUUGGACAGAUUAAGGUGCUUCCUGGAAUAUCGGACAUAAAGGAACAUACAGUAGUGUUUGACAAUGGAGAUGAACAUCAAUUUGACGCAAUCAUUUUUGUUACUGGAUACAAGAAUAUUGCUACCAAGUGGCUAAAGGACUAUAGCUCAAUAUUCCUUGAAGAUGGCACAUUGAUAAAUUGGAAAGGAGAGAAUGGGCUCUACUGUGCUGGAUUUUCAAAAAGAGGGAUUGCUGGUAUUUCAAUGGAUGCUAUAGCUAUUGCCAAUGAUAUUAAGACUGUUAGAGGCAACAAAAUUUAG